GCCAGACAGAGUUGCACAGCCUGUGGAUUAAAGGUAAAAAGGGAGGCCAUGAAAAGCCAGACCGCUCUGACAUGGUGUGUGGCAGGAUUUGUGGCAUAAACCCCCUUCUGGAGCACUAUGGGAUAUUUUUACAGCAUUCUGAAAAAAGGAAAUGUGUUUGAUGGUUGCCAAUCUUGAUUGUCAAGAACCAAUAAAGAACCAACACAGACCUCCCGCCCCCAGCUGCGACAGCCAAUCACACGCUGCCAUGAAUGAGGGUCUUUCGGAGGAGGAGUGGGACGAGGACGUGGCCACGCAGCUCAUGAUCGAGCAGAGCCUGCAGGACUGUGCCAAACACGGGGACCGCGGGGACCGCGGGGACACGCCCCCGCAGGAGGGCUGCAGCGUCCCUGCCCCGCCCACACUGAGCGAGCAGAUCUUUGCAGCUAUACGGGCAGGUGACGUGGCGGCCCUGGAUAAGCUGUCGGAACACCGGCAGACCUUCACCCAGACAGACGAGCGGGGUUGGAUCCCCCUGCAUGAGGCUGCGGUCCAGACCAACAGGAACAUCCUGCAGACCACCUUCUCAGCCUCCCCCCAGGGCACGGGGCAGAGGCAGACACUGCGAAGGGAAACGCCCCUUUUCCUGGCUGCGGGGCGGGGCCUCGUGGGGAACGUCGCCUUCCUGCUGCAGAACGGCUGCAGCCCAGACACUCCCAACGAGGAGGAGGACUCGCCACUGAUCUCAGCUGUAAAGAAUGACCAGUACGACGUGGCCUCGCUGCUGCUCCGCUACAAGGCGGAUGUGAACCAGGAGGGCAUGCAUCGCAGGAGAGCGCUGCAUGAGGCCGCUCACCUGGGCAUGGAGAGCUUCGUUAACCUGCUGCUGGAGAGCGGAGCUCAGCUCGACCCCUGCAGCGCUUACAACAGGACCCCUCUUGCGCUGGCAGCUCAGAACGGACACAUGAGCGUGGUUCAGAUUCUGGUCCAGAGAGGAGCCCAGGUGAACGCUCAGGCCAUGGAUUCAGCCUCGGUGCUGUUUGAAGCAGCAGGAUCAGGAAACCCCGACAUCAUCGACCUGCUGCUGGAGUACGGCGCAGACGCCAACAUGCCCAACCGCACCGGCCACCUGCCAAUCCACCGGGUGGCACACCGCGGGCACCUGCUGGCACUGGAGCGGUUGAUUCCGGUGACACGGCGCGACGCGGUGAAGGACAGCGGGAUCAGCCCGCUGCACUCAGCGGCGGCCGGCGGACACUCGCAAUGCCUGGAGCUGCUGCUGGCUGCCGGCUACGACGCCAACUUCAUGCUGCACCAGCGUGUGCGCCGUAACUACGACGACCAGCGCAAGUCGGCGCUGUACUUCGCCGUGUCCAACAGUGACGUGCACUCGAGCAGGCUGCUGCUGGAGGCGGGCGCCAUGCCCAACCAGGACCCCGUCAACUGCCUGCAGGUGGCGCUGCGGCUGGGCAACUACGAGCUGAUCAACACGCUGCUGCGCUAUGGCGCCAACGUUAACUUCUACUCACGCGUCAACACCACGCACUUCCCGUCCGCCCUGCAGUACGCGCUGCGGGACGAGGUCAUGCUCCGCAUGCUGCUCAACUACGGCUACGACGUGCAGCGCUGCUUCCACUGUCCCUACGGCAACGCCUCACACGUGCCCCAGGACUACGAGGGCUGGAGCACCUCCAUCAUCAAGGACAUGGUGUUCUGUGAGGUGAUCAGUGUGUACUGGCUGAAGCACAUCUCAGGACAGGUGGUUCGCAUCAUGCUGGACUAUGUUGAUCAUGUGACCUUCUGCUCCAAGCUGAAAGUCAUCCUGGUGGAGCAGCCGCAGUGGCCAGAGAUCUGCCACAUUCAGGGUAACCCGCGCAGCCUGAAGCACAUGUGCCGGCUGGCGAUCCGGUCGUGCCUGGGCCGUCUGCGUCUCAGAGCGCCCGUCUUCAUGAGCUUCCUGCCGCUGCCGCCACGCCUGAAGGACUACAUCCUGUUCCGCGAAUACGACCUGUACGCGCAGGGCACCGUGAUGACCUCACGCUGAGGAGCCGCCCUGUUAGCCUCCCUCUACCCCUCUCCCUCUCCCUCUCUCUCUCUCUCCCCCUCUCUCUUUCUCUCCCUC